AUGGGUGUGAACUGCUGCCCGUCAACAUUCGAAAUAUGUGUCACCUUCGCGCGUACACACGAGCGAGAGUGCGUUACGACCGCUGCCAAUCUCACCCUCUUCCUACCUCUCUCUACCUUGUUCCCGUGCACCCCUGGCCCAGUUUCGUCGAAGGACAACCUGGGGACCAACUACCGUCGGGCAGCCAAGACGAACGCCAUCGAGUACCUUCUGGACGAAGUCUACCGCAUGGAAUCCGGAACGGGGGACGCAGAGGACCCGAUCGAGUUGGAAGAGCGGGGUGGCGGUGAGGGAGAGGGUUCGGAAGAUGACUCUGGGGAAUCGUCACCGACGGAGAGCGAGGACGGCGGGGGUGGAAAGCAGAAAGGAACGGAGGAAGCAGUGGAGCCACAGGAAAGCAGCGGUGAUGACUCACCGGCGGGGGAGGGGGGGAUGAAGAAGGAGCCAGAAGACGAUACGCCGGGCAACGGGGAUGAUGCCCCCUCCGAAGAAAUCUCACGAGAAGAGGGCGGGUUUCCGCAGAGGCCCAACAAGUGGAUGCACCAGUAUCUCCUGACGUUCUGUUUGAUCGGAAGGCCAUGCAGCAGCGAGGACCCUGACCUCCGAACCGCACGCAAAACAUCCGGACCCAAGGGUCGCGGCGCGUCCGGGGCCAAGGGUCGCGGCGGGAAGCAGAAGGCGAAGAAAGCGUCAUCCGGCACUAGCGACGAAAGCGGGUCGGAGGCGAGCGGUGCGUACACCGAGGUUGAUCUGUCGUCCAACGCGAUCCGGAUAUUCACAGGGGCCGGCGAAAUUCAGCCGAGCACAGGGCUCGCUUGGCNGGUAGCGGCCGCCAACGCGCAACUGCAGGCCCGCCGCGUCCGGGAGACCAACACAGGCAAGCUGGUGAUGGCCGUGGAAUCUCUGUCGGCAGUCUUUGGAUGA